GACGCACCAACCGCUGAGUGGCAGCACCAUUUUUAUUAUCUGCCAUAGGAGAGCGUAGCGCACGUGCAAAGCCGUCGCUUCUGCUCACUGCCGGGCGGCCCAAACACUGACGUCACUUCCGUUUGUAGUCUAGCUAGGUGAUGUAGUAACCGUAUCUGGAGCCGGGCGCGAGUCUACCCCGGGGGCUCUCCCACUGGCGCGGGGCGAGCGGGACAUUAGGAGGCCACUGUUCUCUCCCGGCUGCGUUACCCGGACAGCGACCCCUGCAGCCGGUAGGCAUGUCUGCGUUCUCUGAGGCGGCGCUGGAGAAGAAGUUGUCGGAGCUGAGUAACUCGCAGCAGAGCGUUCAGACCUUGUCCCUAUGGCUCAUCCACCAUAGAAAGCAUUCCCGCGUCAUUGUCUCUGUAUGGGACAGGGAGCUGCGGAAAGCAAAACCCAACAGAAAACUAACUUUUCUGUAUCUGGCAAAUGAUGUGAUUCAGAAUAGCAAGAGGAAAGGACCUGAAUUCACAAAAGACUUUGCCCCCGUUAUAGUGGAUGCUUUUAAACAUGUUUCAAGUGAGGCAGAUGAAGGCUGCAAGAAGCACUUGGGCAGGGUGUUAUCAAUUUGGGAAGAAAGGGCUGUCUAUGAGAAUGAUAUCCUAGAUCACCUGAAGACUGCAUUGUAUGGUGAGAAAAAAACAAAAAAGCGACCAUAUGAAGAAGUAAAGAUUGACAAAGAUGAGGACGAUGAGGAUGAACAUUUAUCUAAGAUGGCACCAGAGGAACCUCCACAGACAACAGAUCUUAUCCGUGCAUUGCAAGAACUUGAAAAUGCAGCUUCUGGAGAUGCAGCUGUACACCAGAGGAUAGGAUCUUUACCUGUGGAAGUACAAGAUGUGUCUCUCUUGGAUAAAAUUACUGAUAAAGCUUCCGGUGAUCAACUAUCUAAGAUGGUGGAUGAUGCCUGCAUGCUCCUUGCAGAUUACAAUGGCAGAUUAGCAGCAGAAAUAGAUGAUCGUAAGCAACUUACAAGAAUGCUUUCCGAUUUCUUGCGAACUCAGAAGGAAGUACUUGAUGAAAAGGAACAGCAACUGGAAGAGUACAAGCGCAAACUGGCAAGGGUUUCCCAAGUCCGCAAAGAACUGCGUCUACGUAUCCAAAACCUCCCAGAUCUUUCACGUCUACCAAAUGUUACAGGCAGCAGAGUCCAUUUGCCAUAUGCUGGAGAUCUCUACAAUGACGAUUGACAGGAAACCAUAAGAUCAUCUAUCCAUGAUGGCUGAACAUUUCAGGCUUAGAAUAAGUGAAUUUUGUUAGGUUUUGUAUGGCAGUGUGGUUAAACCAAGAUACUUGGGUGUAAAUAAAACCUUCACAGUGUAUUAAAAUUGGAUCCCUAUUCCUAUCAAAACAAAGUGUAAAUAGGAAAUUGUUCUGUGAAUAGUAUUUAACUAAAUAGGUCACUGUGCAAAAACUUUGGAUGACAUUGUGUUAAAACAUGAUAAAUUCUGUGUAAUGUGAUUUAUCUGAAUUCCUGUAUAUACGUAUCUGCAUUUGUAAUAAAAAUAGCUGUUCACUAUUGCUUUAGUAUUACAAACAAUAUGCAUACAUUGUUUUACUUCUGGUCAAUUAAUUGUUACUGAAGCCAGACAUGCUGCCCACAGUAUUGCAUACAUUCAUAAAAACCAUGACUAGUUUCACAUUGCCAGAACACUACUUAAAUCACCAGUAGAACCACGAUUUUGGUGAUACAUGAUCUACAGCCCCUACACAUAGCCUAUAUAUAGUGACCAUUUUAUGGCCACAGGCUUUAACCCCUUAACGACCAUGGACUUAAAUGUACGUCCUGGUUUGGCGGUACUUCGCACACCAGGACGUACAUUUACAACCUGUGUAUGACCGCCAGCAUGGGAGCGGUGCUCGCGUCAUACACGGCAGGUUCCGGCUGCUAUCAGCAGCCGGGGACCCGCCGGUAAUGGCCGACAUCCGCGAUCGUGUGGAUGUCUGCCAUUAACCCCUCAGAUGCCGUGAUCAGUACAGAUCAUGGCAUCUGCGGCAAUGCGCAUGUUGAAAUAGAUGAUCGGAUCGCCCGCAGCGCUGCUGCGGCAAUCCGAUCAUCUGUAAUGGCGGACAGAGGUCCCCUCACCUGCCUCUGUCCAUCUCCCGGCGUCUCCUGCUCUGGUCUGAGAUCGAGCAGAAGAUAGCCGAUAAUACUGAUCAGUGCUAUGUCCUAUGCAUAGCAUUGAACAGUAUUAGCAAAGGAUUGCUAUAGAUAGUUCCCUAUGGGGACCUAAAAAGUGUAAAAAAAAAAUAAUAAUAAUUUGACAAAUUUAAAAAUAAAAAGUAAAAAAAGUGAAAAAUACCCUCCCUCAAUAAAAAUGAAAAUUUAUACGUUUUUCCCAUUUUACCCCCAAAAAGCUUAACCUUUUUAAAAAAAACAUAUUUGGUAUCCCCGCGUGCGUAAAUGUCCGAACUAUCAAAAUAUAAUGUUAAUGUUCCCGUAUGGUGAACGGCGUCAACGUAAAAAAUAAAAAAAGGUAAAAAAAAAAAAUUGCUGCUUUUUUUUGUCAUCUUUCCUAAAAAAAUGUAUAAAAAAUUAAAUUUUAUAUAUGCAAAUGUGGUAUCGAUAAAAAGUACAGGUGAUGGUGCAAAAAAUGAGCCCUCAUACUGCCCUAUAUAUGGAAAAAUGAAAAACUUAUAGGUGGUCAAAAAAGAGCAAUCAGCUUACUGGUUUUGUACAAAAAGUUUUAGAUUUUUUUUAAAGCGGUAAAAAAAUAGAAAAGUAUCUAGCCAUGGGUAUCAUUUUAAUCGUAUUGACCUACUGAAUAAAGAACACAUCAUUUUUACCGUAAAGUGUACAGUGUGAAAACGAAACCCUCCAAAAUGUGCAAAAUUGUGGUUUUCAUUUAAAUUUACUCACUAAAAAAAUAUUUUUUGGGUUCGCUGUACAUUUUAUGGUAAAAUGAGAGGUUUCAUUACAAAGUACAAUUGGUCACGCAAAAAAAGAAGCCCUUAUGUACAUGGAAAUAUAAAGGAGUUUUGGAUUUUAGAAGGCGAGGAGGAAAAAAACGAAAACACUAAAAUUAAAUUGGCCUGGUCCUUAAGGUGAAAAUGGGCUUGGUCCAUACCCCUUAAACAGUCAUAUCACAGCUCUGUAAAACUAGAGUAUUAGGGUAUGGUCACAUGUGCCUUAUUUUGCUGUGUACUUUCUGCAGCUGAUUUUGCUACCCACUGGCUUCGGCAAACUGCUGCAUGUGUGAACCUAUUCUUACAGUCAACAUUUUGCAGAGAUUGACAACCACAUGUGGGCAGGUGACACAAUGUAUGUUGCUUGCCGAUUUUACUGUGAUUUCACUGCAGAUAUCAUUCCUAUAUAUUGAAUCAUAAAAAUCUGUGGCAUUUCCAAAACAGAAUAAGCAUGCUGUGGGUUUGAAAAUCAGCAGCAUACUUCUUUUUCAUGCAGAAAACCUCUACUACAUCUGAAUGGUGAUUUCAAAACCCAACCUACUUGUAUUUUGCUGUACUGAGCUGUGGAGUUGUGGUGCAGAAUCCAGACUGCAAGUAUACCACAUCAGAAUGUACCAUUUAGGCUAUGUUCACUCACUGGAAUGUCCACACGGUGAAUCUCCUUGCGGACAUUCAGCAAACUACAUGGCGCAGACAUAAUAUGCUGGUGCUAGGACAGCACAGGAAUGCGCCGUCUCAUAGGCGGCUAUACAUUCUUUGUGCGGACACGGAAAAUUGAAUUUCCGUGCGCGGAAACAUCUUGCACGGAAAUUCCGCCGUGCGCACAGAGCAGCAGAAUCCCGUUGAAUUCAAAGGGACUCUGCUACAGUGGAAUUUCUAUGCAGACAUUCCAAGCGGAAUUAUGCACAGAAAUUCAGAUGUGUGAACAUGGCCUCAGGGUUGUCCAAGUUCAAAAAAAUGGAUCUGUUUUUUUCCCCCAGAAACUGAGCCACUCUUGACCUUGGGCUGUUUCUGGCAUUGCAGCUCAGAACUACAGUAUUUAGGCCUGUAAGAUGGAACUACAAACCAAUGAUAAACAAUGGACAAGAGUGGCACAUUUUCUGGGAAACAAAAAAAGCCGGUAAUUACUCACCGGUAAUUCUGUUUUCACAAGCCAUGACAGCACCACCUGAGAGAGGGACUCCGCCCCUAGGAACAGGAAACCUUGGAGAAUAAAAGGAAGUCCACUCCUCUCCAUCCUCAGUGAGUUACAGAGACCUAGAAGAGCCUUCCUACUUAGUAAUAGCAUAGCAAUGAUGCCGGGGACGCACGACGGAGGCCUGGAGCAGCGCGGACCGGACUCAGGUAAUUAUGCCACCGGGGAUG